GAAAUAGUGAAGUCUCCACUUCAGCAUAGUGGGUGGCGGUAAUGCAUCCUUAAAGUUGGAUGCAACCCGCCAUUAAUCAAAAAGAAGAAGAAGAAGCCUGCUCAGGAAGACAAUCGACAAAACAGGCUACAGAGAUAAAGCUGAAUCUGAUCAGAUGUCGUCCUCCUCCUACUCCACCAACCCUUCUGUCCUCCUAAAUACGGGGGUUCAUAUGCCCAUCUUGGGUUUGGGGACCUACAAGUUGACAGCUCCUGAAGAUGUCUACCGAGCCGUGGAUGCAGCACUGGUUGCAGGUUAUCGCGCCUUUGACAGCGCAGCUGUCUACGAUAAUGAAGCUGAGAUGGGCCGAGCCCUGAAGGAGCUCCUGCCCAAACAUGGCUUAACCAGAGAGGACGUUUUUAUAACCAGUAAGUUGGACCCAAACGAUCAGGGUGAGAGAGCCCUAGAAGGAGCCCUUCGAAGCCUUUCUCAGUUGGAUUUGGGUUACAUUGACCUCUACCUGAUUCACUGGCCUGGCACAAAGGGUCUGGAUGUGACUGACCAACGCAACCCAGGCAACCGAGCACAGAGUUGGGCCACACUGGAGGAGCUGCACACCCAGGGGAAGCUGAAGGCUAUCGGAGUAUCAAACUACACACCAGCACACAUGAAGGAGCUGAUGAAGAGCUGCAAAACUCCUCCUGCAGUGUUGCAAGUAGAGUUUCACCCACACUUUUGUCAGACAGAGCUGAGAAAAGUGUGUGAGGAGUAUGGAGUUUGUUUCCAAGCCUACUCCUCCUUAGGGAAAGGAGCACUGGUCACUGAUCCUGUAGUCAUGGAGGUUGCAGAGAACUGUGAACGUACACCUGCACAGGUACUUUUGCGCUGGGCUGUGCAGCAGGGCAUCCCAGUGCUCCCCAAGUCAUCAAAUCCACUAAGGAUUAACGACAAUGCAAGGAUUUUUGACUUCACUCUCAGUAACACAGACAUGGACAGACUUUCAGCUUUGGACUGUGGGCACAAAUACUGCAGGGAUGCAUCACAAAUAGUUUGAUUCAUCAGUUGUCAGGCAAACAUCACAUGAAGUCUCUUCUCUGUUGCUGUUCUCCAGUUCUUAUUAUUCAGUAAAUACUGGUGGGAAACUGCCACCAUAAAAAGUUGAAAAAAGACAGCUUAUGCAAAAAUGUUAUUGUGUUACCAGUAAUUUAUAAGCUCAGGUUUGCACCUUAAAGUAACAUUUUGAACCACACUGACUAAUAAUUUCCUUUAUUUACUUCUACCCAUGUGCUUCUGAAACAGUGAGAUGUACUGCCUGCCUUUUGUUCUUCACAAAUCUGUUAAUGUGCCAUCAUUCACAUUGCAUUUCAAUUUUGGUAGUGUCUCUUUUUUUUGUCCUGCAAAAUAUCAUGUGGCUUUUUGAGCUGUGCAUUUCUUAUUUGAACUGACAGACUCACUGCACAUGCACAAUGCAAAAUUAUGACUUUGGAAUCAAAUUUUUAAAAUGGAUUAAUAAGGAAAGCUUGUAUCUUAAAACACUUGUAUUAAAAAUAUGUGGCUUCUAA